CCUGGCAACAUAUAGGCAGGGGAAAUGUCUCUUACAAGAUUAUUUUUGGGAGAAUUUAUCAAUGAAGACAUCCAUACCUCAAAUUCUUUAUGUCGGCAAGAAGUAAACAUCAGAAUGUAUGUUAAUUCCAUAUCAAUCAGUGAAUCAAAUAGAAAAUUAUGGAAUCAAGAUUACUUUACUUUGACAUUUCCCAAACCACUCCAGCCAGGUAGAGAAAAGAGAUCAAGAUCUUCAGAAUUACAAAUCUCAGUUCCUAGACAUGACAAAAGAAGAUUAAAGGAAGUUGAGAAGCCAGAUCAUAUAAGGAUAAGGCAUUCUUUUAAAAAAAAUUCCCAAAGGCCUGUUUACUUAACUGUCAGGAGACAGGCUCUAUUCAGAAAUCCUUAUACUCCUAAAACCCAUCCUGAAAAUGGAGAAUCUGAAAAGUCCAAAUAUGACAAAAAAGGAAGAACUUUACAAAGAAAUCCCAAAAAAAACAAAGGCCAACAUGAAACAACUCCAGAAUCCAAAACAGUAAAUGAUGAGGAACCUGAAGGAGGAAAUAAAUCAGAUAAAACUCAAUCAAAAUUAUCACAUAAAAGUGAACUAUUCGAGAAGCCAAAGUUUAAAUUGGAAACAAAUCCAGAAUCCAGAGAUUUUAAGACAGUCUCAAUGGAUCCAAAAAAAGAUAAGAGAGAUUCAAAGAAGUCCAAGGACGCAGAUAAUGAGUUCCUAUGUGCAAAGAAGGAUUCUAAGGGCUCAAAGAACAAUUCUGAUGUCAAAUCACAGACUUGCUCAAAAAAUAGUUCAAAUAUGGAUUUCAUAUUGUAUAUAGAGGAGUCUGGUGCUGAAUCCAUGAAAUUGGAUAUAUGGUUAAAGAAUUACUCUCACAAUAAUUCAAAGAAGCCUUCAAAGAAAGACACAAAAAAGGAUGCAAAGAGCUCUGAUGCUGAAUCUGUAGAUUCAAAAGAUGCAAAGAAAAAUGCAAAUAAAGAUAAGAAAAGUACAAAGAAAGACAGCAAGAAGAAAGAUGCAAAGAAAGAUGCAGAGUCUACUGAUGCAGAAUCUGUAGACUCAAAGGAUGCAAAGAAAGAUUCAAAGAAGGCUAAGAAAGAUUCAAAGAAAAAUGACAAGAAAAAAGAUACAAAGAAAGAUGUAGUGUCUACUGAUGCUGAUUCUGAAUCUGAAUGGGAUUCAAAAAAGGGUAAAAAAGAUGAAAAAAAUUAUAAGAGAAAUUCAAAGAAAGAUGACAGAAGUAAGUCUGUAAUGAAGUCUGAAGAGUCUACUGAAACUGAAUCUGAUUGGGAGUCAAAGAAGGAUAAGUAUGAUUCAAAGAAGGCUAACAAAGAUUCAAAAAAAGAUGCCAAGAAACAGGAUGCAAGGAAGAGUACAGAGUCUACUGAUGCUGAAUCUGAUGAAUCUUCCAAGAAAGACUCAAAGAAGACUAAGACAGUCAAAAUUUCAGAUGCUGAAUCUGAAGACUCUUUAUAUAAACUGGAAGCUAAAAAGAAAGGAGUUGAUGAAUCAGAUGCCACAUCUACAGCUUCAAAGAAGGAAGCACUGGAACUGAAGAAAGAAUUCAAAAUUUCAUCCAAAAAGACUACAUUCAAAGAAAAAGGGAAAAAAAUAGGUACAGGCAGAGUCCCCCCAUCAAGAGAAAGACCACCACUACCUCCUUGUGAGCCUAUACUACCAUCACCCAAGGUCAAACGUCUCUGUCAGUGCAAGAUGCCUCCUCCACCUCUAAAGCCAAGACAUGCGCCUUUGCCUGAAGCAAAGUGGAUUCAUAAGCUGCUUUAAAGAAAAAGAAAAAGAAAAAAAAAAAGAACAACUGAGCACUUGGUUUCACAGAAUGGCCUUACCACAGUAAA